AUGGAUUUAUGUAAUGAACACGCAGGAUUGGAUACGCUCACAAUGCUCUGUGAAAGGUUAAGAUCCGAAAAAUUACUUGUAGCUAGUGAACUGGAUACUUUGCAGCGACUUAACGAAGAAGUUGAUAAUGCACAAAGUGAAUUAGCACAUCUAGCUUGGAUAUGCAGGCAAGAACAGACAAUUUUGUCACGUUUAAUCAAUUCCCAUCCGGAUGUUCGACCCGAAAAUUGUUGCUUUUUAACUUCUCAGUUCGAUUCCGCUAGUUUUAUCGAUGGAUAUCGUCGUAUUGAUGGGCAGCAUUACAGUAGCGUUACGGAAUUGCUGAAUUUACUGUUGAACUCACCAAAUUUAGUAGCUGAAAUAUUACAUGCUAAUGACCAAACGUUGAAGAAUAAUGAUUCACCAUUUGUUGAGCUGGUUUCAUGUGUCUACAGCCUUCUGUACGGAUGUGCGGUUUUUCCGGAAGAUGAACGUCGCGUGUUAGAAACCCUUUUUCAUCUGUUGGAUAUUCAGUUGGCUUCACACUCCGACCCACGUUUGCUGUUGCGCCGAGGAAAUGUCUCUUUUUGUCAACUUUAUCGUUUGUUCUCUGAAGGAAUGUAUUCCGCAAAGAUUUUUCUGACGGCGGCUUUGCAUGAUCCGGUGAUGUUCGUAUUGUCUCAAGACGAUGUUUUUUUGGAUAUCGAACCCACAAAAACGUUAAUACGUUUUCCUGCGGAAGAAAGAAGAAGACGUUUUGGUGAAGAUGAAAAUUCACUUACUUUUUUGCAAAAAUUAACUGUUCAUCGUCGAUAUGUUGAAUCAAAAUUGGUAUCAAUUGCAAAUCGAUUUAUUCGAGCCAUAACAGAUGCAAUGUCUUGCUUUCCUCAAAGCUUGGGCUGUAUUGUUCGACGAUUGUACACUGUUUUAGUUGAUCACAGAAAACUUAGUCGUGAACAGGCUACGUUGAUUUGCACGGAUUUAAUUUUCACUUACCUUAUUUGUCCUGCCAUUGCAAAUCCUGAGACUCUUGGAGUCAUAUCAGAUACUCCUGUCACCUACAUGGCAAGGUUCAAUUUGAUGCAGAUUGGGCAGAUUUUGCAGACACUAGCUGUUGCACCUUUUGAGCCACCUUCUACUCAUAUCGCCCAUUUUUAUUCUCAGUUCGAUCAACAGUCGAUGUCAUGUGUGGUGCAGCAUGUCCUUACAACGCAUGGUGAAUCAAUAGAAAGCAUAUGCGCGGUCAGUAAUGAAUCACCACCUCAAGUUGCUGAACAAUUUGUCCGACGUAUGUUCGUAGGUACUGUUGCAGAACUGGACUCUUUGAUUAGUGCUGUUCGUUGUUUAACAAGUAGUCCUACAAGUGAUGAAUCGGUGCGCCGGGCAUUAACUGGAAUACUACGACGAUUACCAAUAAAACUUGCGCGGGGUGAUAUAUCAAAUGCUGAGGGGAACCCAUCAAACGACAGAAAUGCAGAUCUUUUCUCCAGUGACGCUAAGACGUUAGAUUUAAUUCAAAGUGAUGAUCAAAAAGGUUUGCGAUCCAAACAUUCCAAGUCCACGGAGUCUCCUGAAUCAAACCGUAUUCAAGCAGAAAAUAUUGAGGUACUUGUAUUUCCCCUUGGUGAAGGUAGAGAACCAUUGGGAAUGUGUUCUGAAGAAAAAUUCAUGGAAUCAGUUCGAAAUCCGCAACGAGUGCGAAAACAUAAAACAUCGGAUGAAUCAGCUGAAAAACGGACUCGUUUUGUUGAUACUGAAAGCAUUGAUCGUACCACCGAUGGUGGGAGCGAUGAUGAAGAAGCAGCAAGUUUAUCCUCUUCCAUCGAAGGUAACGCUGAUGGUAUGGAUGAUGAUGCUGAAGAUGUAUCAACCUUACCGGACAAUUUCAGUGAUGUUGUUCCCAGUAGUGCAAAUGUUUCUGGUCGUGGUUCACCAAGCGUCAGUGAUCCGGCUUCCAAUCGGGGUGGUUCGCGCUCAGCCCGAUCAACUGCACCAUCAAAUGGCGAAAAUGCCAAUAAUGCAAUCCAAGAAAACAAUAAUGCUCGCCAACAUAAUCUCCUCAAUUUGCCAGUAACCGUUCGUCGCGAAAAUACUGAAGGCCUCGAAGACAAAUUUGGGAAAUUUUGCUUGCCUUCUCAAGAGGGCCGUCAUAAAUAUCGUGAUGAAACACAUUCACUUGUUAGUGAAAGCUGGUCUACCGAUGUUCUACCGUCAGAUACGGAAGGUUUCGGUUUUGAUGCUAGACAAGAAGGAGAUAACAGUACUUCCACAGUUGCUCCUCCUGUGCUACCCGCGGUUGUAGAAGUUGGCGAACCUCGAAAUGAAAGUAGACCAAUCAGGAUGGGUUCACAACGGUCCACCAUUAGCAGUGCUAUUGGAUCUUUAGCUGUAGCAGGUAAUGGCGAAGACCGAAGUGAUACGUGGUCUGUAGAUGCUGUGGCCAGUGAUUCUGAAGCAGAUCCUGUUCAAAGGAACGACGAUUUGUUAAUGAUUGAUGAUCCUGAUGGGGCCGAUGUUUCCUCUGCUGCUAGUGGUAGUGCAAACGCAACGUUGCUAGUUUCUACUUGCAACGAAAGUAAUAUGAUAGGAGGUGGCAGCGCAGCUGUUCAAGCAACACUUGGAGGGCAUACUCAGAGCGAAGCUUCUCGGGGGAACAAUUUCUCAUUUCAGCAUAUUGCAAAAAAACCGGCGCCUACGUCUUCAACUGAUGCCUCAAUUUUUCGUGAACUGAAUCAAGUGAAUCUGGUAGCUUCUACAUCAGGCGGCCACGGUCGUGAACGUCUUAGACGUCAGUCCAGUGGAAGUUCCUUCUACUCAAAGUCUGAUGUUGACUCUGAAUUUUCCAAGGAUCUUAAUGAUGACGCGCUUUCAUCGCUACCUGGCGAUUACAUUCCGUCUUUUCGCAACAGUGUAGGUGAACUAGCGCCGACCAGUCCAGCUGUUUCAGUAAUGGCAACAGCAGGUUCCUUCUGCAAUGAUGAUAUGGAAGCGGGAUCAAAUGUUAUUCCAACUAGUGAUGAUUUAAUGAAUUCGUCAAAAAAUGAUGUCACUGUGACAAAUACACGAAUAGCCGAGAAAUGUAAUGAAUAUGGACAUGCAGUGGUAGGAAAAACCGAACACAGCAACGAUAAUAAAAUAGAUGAAGAGGCUAUAAGAGCGAAUUGGGUUAAUAGUGGAGCUAUGCCAAAAACAUAUCGUAUUCCUUCUGCAACUUCUCAUCUGCGAGCUCAGAAUGAAGAUAAUGAAAGAAAUGAGAGUCCACUGAUACGAAAGAAAAUGAAUAUACUUCACGGUUUGCAUAAAGUAGGCGAAUCACUGAAGAUGAGAAAAGGUGCUGUAGUGAGUUCACUUCGCCAGUCAUUAUCUCAAGCUACAACAAUGAAUGAAAUGACAUCCUUGAAAGGCACAAAUGAAAAAAAUUCUUCCGCCUCAUCCUUUGGUACAGGAGUUGGCCGAUUUGUUGAAAGUCAUUCUCUUGAUGAAUUGAAUAUCACUGCAGAUUUGAGCAAGCGAACAGCAAAUGAAAUUCUAGACAAAUACAAGGGGAAAGCAGUCCCUUUAUAUUCAGUUGGAGGAAAUAAUCAAUAUCUGGAUGAAAAUAAUCAGGAAACGGAGAAAACUGAAAAAACAUCUGAAAAUUCAGAAUUAUACUACGAUCCUGAUAAUCUUACUCAGUGUCGUGCUUUUGUUGAUGUCAAACGAAAAUUACGUUUGGUACUGAGUUCAGUGGCUUCAUUACCUGGAGUAUCUUCUGUGGGAGGUGAAAAUAUUUUACGCAGAUCCAAAAUGAGGAUGAGUGGAAAGAAUGAUGCACGGCAGUUGGCGGAAUUUCUGCAGAUUCUAUUGGCAGAAAGUAUCAAUGGGCAAGAUAAAACUCUUUGUGCACAAAUUCGUGAAGUUAUGCGCUGCUUAGUUGCAUUCGAUGACAAAGCGGUUAGAAAACUGUUAAGAGCUCUGAAGGGUGAACAUCGAAAGCGGACGGCAUAUAUGCUUUAUUUGCAACAGUCUCGUCUUAAUCUACUUCAGCUCCGUUCUAAUUUAGAAAAACUAGCCAUUCGCCUUCAGAGCAUCUCAGUAGCAGUAAUCACCUCAGCGACCCUGGUGGUAUUUAAGGCAUUGGAAAAGGACAAUGAUGCCAUUCUGAUGGAUUACAGAGAGAAAUUGCUGAUUGGUGAGUGCUUAGUAGACAUGCUCGUUCGAUUUUAUCUGGAAGAGCGUGAUAUGCAGUUGCGAAGAUUCAUUGCUGAAUUUCAGACUUUAAAAGCUCAGGAUGAAAGAACGGAUGUAAUGGAACGUGCUUUAAAUUCAUUGUAUGAGCGCUUACCGCAUGAGAAGAUAUGGCGGUUUGCAAACGCAGAAAGAAUCUCGUUUGUAAAAAAAAGUGUUGAACGUUCAUUAAUGGCUCAGCUUUAUGUGUAUGCACUUUAUCCAAAUGGUGAAGCUGAUCAAAGUAGAGACAGUGUUUUCCACAAAUCAGUCCAAAAAUUAGCGAUGGAGAUUAACCCGGACCAUCCUCAGUUGCGUAUAUCUGUGAGAUUACAUGGCGAAUGUCCAUGGCCUUCAGCGCAAGCAGAAAUUGGAAUUAUAAAUGCAUAUAAAUCACCACGGGAUAAGAUGGCCUGUAUUGUUAGAUGUUGUGAAACGAUUGAAAAUCUCAUUAUUCUUGCAUCCGAAAGAGGAGCCGCUUCAGCAGACGAUAUUACCCCUGUACUUGUUUAUGUUCUCAUUCAGGCAAAUCCGUCAUCCCUACUGUCGAAUAUCCAGUACAUUGGUGCAUUCUAUGCAAAUCAGAUAACCGGCAUCGAAGCAUACUGGUGGACUCAGUUCACUAGUGCAGUAGAAUUCAUUAAAACAUUUAUGGCCUAUGCCAAAUUAUUGAAUGAAAAUAGACGAGUAACAGAUGAAGUUUUUGCAGGUUUCGCUAAUGAAUUUGGGCAACGAUCCACUGUGUUUUCAGAAACAGAUCGAGAUAUUAUUGGCGAUGAGCAAACAUGGGAUUGGUCGAAGGAACAGAUAAGGAAACGACUGUUGUUUACAGUUCCAAGAAAUGGACUUAAAUGGCAACAGUGUAAUGAUGAUCUUUGCAAUACAUUACUUGAUGCAUCAAAGACGCUUUUAAAAAAUAUAUUGGAAGAAGUGCUGAAAAUGAAAAGAAGCCAUCUGGUGAAUAGCGCCGGGAUAUGCCAUAUGUUUGGUGCUCGUAAAAGACGAGCUGAAGGAGAUUGCCUUAACGAUUCUUACGUUUUACUAUCCAUGAAAACGCCAUUGUGUACUGCAGAUAUCAUAGAUGCUUUGCAGAUAGAUCGCAGAUUUAUAAAUAGUACCUGGAUUCGGCAAUUACUGAUUGAAAGCUAA